AUAUACAGGGUGUAUUUCGGGAGCUUCUUAUAUUCGCUGCAUUGCUGCCAGUCGUUUUCAGCUUGAUAAGGCCCGACCUGACGUUCGAUCAGUCGAACGACCGAUUUGACCUCACGCCGCUCAUCCGAGAGGCCUCUUAUGACCAGUGGGGGGAUGUCAUGGAUGGAGUGAGGCGGUCUGAUGGGUUAGAUGGGUUAACCAGAGCCGACGACAAUGCCAAGAAACCAGACCCCACCAAGAGGUUCAUGGACGCCCUAAAGGGCUUCCAGCGCAACUUCGAUUAUAAUCAUCCAGAUCUUACCGAUAACGAGGACCUUGAGGAGAGUAUGCAGUUGAGGAGGGACCUUGUUAGCUACUUACACGAGUCCCAUGAUGGCGGGAGGCGGUCAGGUAGGUCAGACCAAUCAGAGAUAGACAGAGAGGUGCUGAUUCAUCAUGCCGUCCCUAUCGUGAUGACGGUUGAGGGUAUAAUGCAAUUGCCAAAAAAUUAUAAUGAUAAUGAGUAAAAAUGAGAAAAUUAAUAAUAAAUAUCGUUUGUAUCUU